GAUGCUGACAGGCCUACAGAUAAAAUUUUCUCAUGCUGAGCAUUCUCGUAGAGUGAAAUUUAUCAGAGCAUGGUGGUUCUUUGUGUACUACAUUCAGUCAUGGAUAUUUGCAUAUUGCAUUGUGCAGAAAGAGCUAUGGAUGUGGGAUACAAGUUUGUGGUGGUACAAUUAUCCAUAUCAGGUUGUAACAACCCCGUGCUGGAUGUACUAUAUGACCAGUAUGGCUUUCAGUUGGUCAGUGAUUGUGUUUGAGAUCAAAAAGAUGCCUCCAGACUUGUCACCAACUUUAUUGUCCCACUUGUGUAUAAUUUUAUAUAUGUCCCUUUCAUGGCUUAAUGGUUUUUAUCGUGUAACAAUUGCUUUAGUUUUUGUUGAGGACUUCUCAAAUCUUCUUAAAGAGGCGACAAGACUAAUCAAAUAUUGCAACUACAGAAUUGUGUACAGAAUGCUUCUCACAGUCUACAUAGUUGUUUGGACGUGUACUCACCUUGUGUUCUUUCAAUUUUGGGUACUGAGUAGUGUCUACACUGAAUCUCCAGAGACAUUAAAAGAUUCUCCGUUGUAUUAUAUCUAUAGUCCACUGUUCAUCUGUAUGUUGGCAGUGAGAUACUAUACUGUACUACUUCUUCUGAGGGGUUUAUUUCAGUAAACUUUGCUCUGAUACUUAUCAUUUAAAUUUAAAAAUUAUCGGUUUUUUCUUAAUUAUACAACUUAAUGAAAACUGUUUUAUUCUUAAUUUAUUUUCUAAUUUGACAGUGACAUCAAUAAGUGAUACUGAUAAAAGAGAGAAUGUGACAAUAGUGACAUGGAUGUUCACCUUAACCUUUUUAUUCUUUAUG